AGCCCCUCGCCGUCCAGAUCUCAGCCUCUCGGAUCGGACGGAGCGUGAGGUCGUCGGGUCACCCAACAUUUUCUCCACACGCGGCGACUUUCUAGCAAAAACGCAGUUCGUUUAACGAGAGUCGCUCACUUCUCGUUCAGGUUCAGCAAUCGCAAUCUCGUCUCAUCGUCGCCGGCCAUGGCGGCGUCGUCCUUGCUCCGGUCGCUCUCCCGCAUCUCGCGCCGCGGCUGCGUGGGAGGCGCGGGGCCGAGCCCGUUCCACCACAGCCGCCUCCCGUACUCGCCGUUCUCCACCGCGGCGGCGGAUGCGGUGGAGAGGAGGGGGUUCGCGGGGCUGGGGCCGACGGCGAAGGGGGAGAAGGCGCGGGUGGUGGUGCUGGGGACCGGGUGGGCGGGGUCGCGGCUGAUGAAGGACAUCGACACGACCGGGUACGAGGUGGUGUGCGUCUCCCCGCGCAACCACAUGGUGUUCACGCCGCUCCUCGCCUCCACCUGCGUCGGCACGCUCGAGUUCCGCUCCGUCGCCGAGCCUCUCGCGCGCAUCCAGCCCGCCGUGUCCAAGUCCCCCGGCUCCUACUUCCUCCUCGCCCGCUGCACCGCCGUCGACCCCGACGCUCACACGAUUGAUUGCGAGACAGUUACUGAAGGUGAGAAAGAUACCUUGAAACCUUGGAAAUUCAAGGUAGCGUAUGAUAAGCUGGUCUUUGCGUGUGGAGCUGAGGCCUCAACUUUUGGGAUACGUGGUGUUACUGACCAUGCAAUAUUUCUCCGGGAAGUUCACCAUGCUCAAGAAAUUCGCAGAAAGCUCCUUCUGAACCUGAUGCUAUCUGAUGUACCUGGAAUAUCGGAGGAAGAAAAGCGCAGACUUUUGCAUUGCGUUGUUGUUGGAGGUGGUCCAACAGGUGUCGAAUUUAGUGGUGAACUUAGUGAUUUUAUCAUCAGAGAUGUUAAACAGCGUUAUUCACAUGUUAAAGAUUAUAUCCAUGUUACCUUGAUUGAGGCAAAUGAGAUAUUGUCAUCUUUUGAUGUUCGCCUCAGGCAAUAUGCUACAAAUCAACUAACUAAGUCAGGUGUUAGGCUUGUGAGAGGCAUUGUGAAGGAUGUACAACCCAACAAAUUAAUCCUGGACAAUGGAGAAGAGGUUCCUUAUGGUUUGCUGGUAUGGUCUACUGGAGUUGGUCCUUCAUCAUUCGUUAAGUCGUUGCCAUUUCCAAAGUCACCAGGUGGAAGGAUUGGGGUUGAUGAGUGGUUACGUGUUCCUUCUGCCCGGGAUGUGUUCGCUAUUGGGGAUUGCAGUGGAUUUCUUGAAAGCACAGGCAAGGAUGUUCUCCCAGCUUUAGCUCAGGUUGCAGAACGACAAGGCAAGUAUCUAGCUCACCUGCUUAACCAUGUCAUGAAAGCUGGAGGAGGGCAUGCGAACUGUGAGAUCGACGUUGAUCUAGGUCCUGCCUUUGUGUAUAAGCAUCUGGGGAGCAUGGCAACUGUCGGAAGAUACAAAGCUCUAGUCGAUCUGAGGCAAAGCAAGGAAUCGAAAGGGAUAUCUCUUGCAGGAUUUGUGAGCUGGUUCAUCUGGCGCUCAGCAUACCUGACUCGUGUUGUUAGCUGGAGGAACAGGUUUUAUGUGGCUAUCAACUGGCUGACCACACUGUUAUUUGGCCGUGACAUUAGCCGUAUUUAGGUGCCUGUUUGUAGAUAUCUGAACGAUGAACAGUACAGUGCAUCCUUUCCCACUUCUUUUUUUUUGUCAGAUAUGUGUAAUUUCCACAGAAUUUUUUUCUUAAAUAACACUAUCAAAACAAACCAAGGAAGCGAGUUCAAACUUUAAAUACUGAUGAUUAGUAUCGCUA